GACAAGCCAAGCCAGUCCAACAUGGUUGUUGGCGUUACUUGAUUGUCUUGGGGCCGAUAUUUAAUUUGAAGUUUUUGGUCGCAAACAAGGGCUUUUGCCAAAUUGUGCGCCUUCAUCUACCACUCCGAUACCCGAUCUAUCCAAGAACCACUCACAACAAGUGCAAGACCUUGGAACCUGUGGAUUCAGAUCUUGGUUGGCCACCUACGACAUGACUCAUGCGCGUGCUUCGUUGAGAGGGAGCGGCAGCGGCGAUGAUGUGUUCUGAACACCAACACAUAGAAGCAAAGAGGCCCACUCCUGCAACUCUGACGUAAAGAGGCUGUAGUCUCACGGCCGCCGUCACGUGCAUCCAAGGACACUAGUUGCACCAUGCAGGCGCAGCGACGAGGAGGAAAAAGAGGUGGCGGGCGUGCGGCCCAAGAUGCCGGCGGUGCACCAGCGGCCGACAAGGAGGUUGUUAAUGCCAAGCCGAAACCGCCGAUCUCUACCAUACUGCAGGCCGAAGACAUCUCCGGGUCUCUCGACAAACUGUCCAAAGCCUUCUUUGGGAACGUCGAAAACUGGCCAAAGGCAGUGCCCAAGCAGACCGCUUCCUCCCGGAAAUCGAAGGGGGCCCAACCGGUGGAGCGGAAAGGGCCGGCACGCAUUGCACCUCGACCACCGCCCCCGCCGUCUUUCCUCAUAGCCCAAGCGAUACCGUCCACGGCAAAUUUUAUGGCGUCUCGGCCGAUGUCGUUUCCGGCGGCGGCACCCUUUGCCGUGGCUCGGGCUCCGCCACCCGUGUCGAAUCUGCUGCCGCUGAUGUCCCGAUCGCCGCCGGCGACAGUUCGAGGCGGAGUGCCCGUGGUCAGAAUGGCAAUGCCUGGGGCACCCUAUGCCGCAACCCGUGGAGCAGCACGCUCUUCCGUAGCUCGUGCAGCAGCUCCCGGCAUCGCCACGGCUCGGGCACCAAUGGCAGCAUUCGCCUUAGCACGACCGAUGGUACCCACCGCGGGUUUCGCCAUUGCCGCGACGACUGCACCCUUAACAACUUUCGCCGUGACGCGCGCAGCGGCACCGGCGACGCGCCUUGCCAUACCCAGACUGACGCGAGCUACGGCACGAGCUAGGGCACGAGCUUCGGCACAGGCUGCGGCGCAAGCUGCGGCUCUGGCUACGGCUCCUGCCGUCACGACUCGGGGGAGGGGCAGACGUGGACGAGGCAGAGGCAGACACGCUGCCGUGCCCAAAGGGGCAGCGGCUACCGCGCCCCCCGCCCUGACUCGCGCAGCGGCACCCGCUACAAUGCCCGUCGCUGUAACUUGCACGGCUGUCCCCGCUGUGCAAGUCACGGCGGGUCUUCCCGUAGCUACGGCCAUGCCCGUCACCGCGGCCACCGCUGCUACGCAGCCGUACACCGUCCUCGUGCUUCAAGCGUCCGACGGCUCCCACAACCGGAUCAUGCUCGUGCCAUCGAACUCGGCGAAGCCCAAUGGAUCUGGCGUGGCGCCCGGCGCCGCCACGCAGGGGAUUUCGAAGAACGCCGCUGGGAAGGCGUCCAAGAAGUCGCGAGAGACGGACGAAGAGGAUGCGGACGAAGAAGGUGGCGAGCAGAAACGGUGCCGCUAUUUCUGGGAGCCGUCGGAGUCGGUGAAAGCGACGAAGGCGUUGAAGCGGAAGCUCAGCACUAUCUGGUUGAAGGACUUCCAAGUACUGGAGCAUGCGAUUGGUGCGGUGGCAUCACAUUUCCCCCUCGUGUGCCCCCAGCGUAUUAAAAGAACGGUGUGCUUCCCGUUUGCCGCUCCCGACAAGGUCACCUUUUUGUCGUGGCCAGUGCCGAAGCAGAGAGCCUCAGAGUGGCUGCGAGCUUCCGAAGUGAGGAGGGCGCUGAGGAGAAUGCUGGACGAGCAGCGGCCGGCCACCUGGCUGUGGUCUAGGGAACUAAUAACGAGGAAGAAGAUCAUGCUGCUGUGUCGCAAGAUGGGACUGACACCGCUGGCCUCAGCGGACGGGCUCCUGGGGCCGGCAAGCGCCGGCAUCAUGCCGUUCCAGCCGUUCCAGGCGGGCGGACGGGCGCCCGAGUGCCGCCAGUGUGGCCGGACCUUCCGUAGCCUGGAGGAGUUGGUGGCCCACCUCCAGACGCACGCAGCCAACUGGCCCUACAAGUGCAGCGUCUGCUCGCGGGCCUUCCGGUCGCGGGGACCCCUGGUGGUCCACGAGCGCAACCAUCUCACGGGGGAACCCUUCGAGUGCGACUACUGCCUCGCCGUGUUCCCGACCAAGGAAAACCUCGUGAGCCACAUCGGCAAGCACACGGGCGACAUGCCCUACGAGUGCCGCCUCUGUGCCAUGUUUUUCGCCAAGAAGGUUUCGCUGGUCCGCCACAUGCGCACCCACACUGGCGAGAAACCCUUCAAGUGUCCCGCCUGCUCGGCGUGCUUCCGUGUCAAGGCGCAGCUCCGCGCGCACUCGUACAUCCACACGGGCGAGAAACCUUUUAAGUGUCCGCACUGCUCGAGCUCCUUUAUGCUCAAGACGUCCCUGACCACCCACAUCAAGAGCCACACGCCCGCAGAGCUGGCGGCCGCCGCCGCGGAGAUCCGGCGCUCGAGCUCACCGCCGGUGCUGCGGGAGUUUGAGUGCCGGAUGUGCUCGAAGCAGGUCAAGUACCGGACCGGCGUGGACCACUACUCGCGCUUCCACGCCAACCGGCAGCCCCGGCUCUGCCGGGCGUGUCUGGGCGGCCUGUUCCGCAAGCGGAACCGGGGCACGCAUUUGCACGCAGACAAGCCCCACAAGUGCCGGCACUGCCCGCGCGCCUUCGCGAAGAUGUGGGGCCUGGUCGUGCACAUGCGCAAGCACUCCAAGGGCAAGACCUUCAAGUGCGAGCACUGCACCCGGGAGUUCCGGCAGAACUCGAGCUUCGUCAUCCACGUGCGGACCCACGGCGAGGGCAAGCCGCUCAAGUGCUGGGUGUGCGCGCAGCUCUUCGAAGCCAAGGACGAGCUGGUGGAGCAUCUAAACAGCCAUCCCACUAAGCUGCUCUAAGUGCGUAAGGGUGACGCCACCUAGAAGUCAAGGCCUGCGCGUGACGUCAUCGUUAGUUGAUCCCUCACCCGCCGCAAGCGGGAAACGCGCCGAAAUUCGACAAUAGCUGCCGCAAAGCGGCAGACGUGCCCAUCUUGGCAUCGCUGGAUGCUGGCGUCGCGCUCGGCGUGAGACGCGUCGGUGGUAACGAAGACGCAAGCUAAGCAGCACUGCGUGGGUACGUGGGUCCUGCUUGUGGUGACGUUUUGGGGGGGGGGGAGGAGAGUGAAGGGGAAGGCGCAGGCCUUUUCUUGUAGGUGGUUUGGUACAAGGUGCAGCAGUACGAGCUGGCCCAGCGGCGUUCCAGCUGGGGUGGCGCAGUAGUCACGCGGGGAGCCUGGAAUGAAUUAAGCUGUUGAGAAAGAGUUUGGAACGGACUGGCCACGUUCCCUGUCAUCGCAACGUGGCAGUCCAUUUCACAACUUGGCGUGCCGGUGGCACCCCGUGCGGCAUUUGACUCCUUUCGGCUAUCACUGAGCUGGCCCAGCUCGUAUCGCCGCCGACUGCUGUUGGAGGCUGGUGAAGUAGUACAGCCCGUCCCCCAAAAAAUUUACGGGAUUUUUUCGCAGCAAAAUCAAACUGCAUUGCCAAACGCUGAUGUUUCACACAGAUGUGGUACUAGUGGGCUGAACCACAUACCAAAGUUUCAGAACUAACGGUUAUCGUCUUAGAAGGUUACUUUCGAUUGGAAAGUGGGGCCCGUUCCCGGUAUUGAUCCCCACCUUAUCGAAGACUUCGUUGGCCGCCAUAUUCCUACCGAAAACUUGCGAAAAUCGAUCGUAACUUUUGAGUCGCCUAACAGCAAGCUCCGAGACUUUGGCGUCUGGUACGGACCACUAGUGCUACAUUUUGGGCAAAGACUGCAUUCAACAAUGCACAGAUCUUUUUGCUGUGAGAAGAAAUGGCGUAUAGUUUUCUUGGGGAUGUCCUGUAGUAUGCUUCGCUCAACGCAGCCACCGUUUAUUCAGCUCGACAUAGACCGGGCACUAAAACGUUCGAUGCCCGUUCCUUUUGUAGCUCGUAGCGCGUGUAUCGUGCAAAAUUACUUCUUUUGCGUCAUUAUGGAAUUGCACUCGCUAUCGUUUUGUCAUGUAUACUGUGUUGGUAAAACUUUCACAGCAAAUUUAUUUCGGCAUGUGCGAAGGUAAUAAAGGUGCACUAGAGACGUUUUUGACUUGGUCUUUUGGAGGCGGUUGACUUUCUCUACCUUCUCCGAGGGUUUAAAAAGUAUAUCGUGUGACGCGUGCUUCACUUUUGUAUAAAAAAAAUGCGAUCAAAUAUUUCUAUGCUUUUUUCUGCGGAGAAAAAGAUGUUCGCUUCAAGAAAGCCGAUGAGGAAAGGAAUUGUGAGGCGUUUGGUUUAGCCCAGCAACCGCGAGCAUCAGCUCGACGAGGAAAAGCUUCUCCGCUCCUCCUUUGACGUCACGGGAGGCGGGUCAUAGGGUGCCGCGGUGUGAAGCGCUAGAGUGAUGGACUCGUGUUUGGAAAACGGAUUUAUUUUGUGUGGGAAAACAACUCCCACCAGAUUCCUGACCAGAUCACAGUGCUGUGCAACGGAAACUGACGAUCUUUCCAAAUACAAUGUUGUUGUGCAUAGACCUGAGCAUUACCAGGAAUGUUUAUAAAACUUUGGAGGAACCAAGUAUGACCGACGUUGCAGGCGCGACAUUCAUUAUUAAGCAUUCGAUAGCAUCGUAAAUGUUGGUGGCCGCUCGAAAAAGUCUGCUCUGCUCGGAGUUAUGAUCUGCUUCAAGAAGCGAGAGUUUUACACCUGUCUAGAAUAUUAAGUGUGUAAAAUAGCUAUUCGGAGAGCAAGUCGUCUGCUUUUGCGCAGGGGUUGGGGUGACGUUCAGAGUGACUCCGAGUUCUGAUUGACCUUGAUUGGAAGGAUUGUGGGUAGACCUCAAUGCCAGAUGCAUUGACGUGUACCCCCUAUUUUUUUAACCAGCCAAUAAGAGCUCGGCGUUUUGGCAUCAUCGGAACCCCUAUGUAUGAAGCAGACGAGCUUGCGGUCCACAUACAAUGAUCUGGUUUAGGUAUUCAAGCCUUGCCCCAGGCUUUAUUAUUUCUUUUCUUGUUUUUUUUUUUCCAUCUAAAGAUUUCUCGCUUGAGUACAGACGGAAAACCAAACGUCUAAAACUACUUUCCAUGUAGUUCUUUCUCGGAUUCACUCCAUAUUGAUCAGUGAAGUUUCAUAUCCUUCAUGUGAUUAUUUACCAUGCUUAAAAGCACACAUGUCAUUUGCAGGAAUGCAUAUUCACUAGAUAGUGUUUCAAGCUUGCUCUAUUUUAUUGUUACAGGCGAACUAUUGAACGAAAUUGUGUAUAUGCACAGCCCAGGCUUUCUUUUUUUCUUUUCCCCAUCUUGUUGCAUGCUGGGCGUGUUUCUUUCAUUGUGUUUGAUUUGCCAUCAAGUGAAUUUGAUUUCAUGUCUAUGCUUUUCAGAAGCAUGGUUGCGUUCAACCACUCCUGUGAAAGUUCCUGAUAAGAGUGAUAGUAUAUGGGAUGAAUAAGCAAAAUAAAGCGUAAAACAAAAAA